AUGACUGACCUGGCCUUGUUCGAUCUGAGAUGUUAUCCUACUGAGAUCCUGUCCACAAUUCUGGCUAAUUAUUGCAGUCGAAGGGAUAUCUUGAGUUUGUGGUUGGCCGCCAUUGGAAGCGACGAAUACGUCGAACUGUUGUGGCCAUUGCUGGUAAACUACACCGACACAGCACUUAGAACAUUGCUUGAUGGCCAGUUUGGUGAUCAGUAUCAUGAAGAACACGAAGUCCAUUAUCAUCAUCAAGAGUCAGUAAGGAAAAGGAGACGGGUGCCAGCUUGCCUUCAGACAUUGAUCCACGACGAGUUGAACAGUGCAAUGACUCCUCGUCUGGAAGAAGAAUCGUCCAAAAGCUCCAACUUCGAAACCCAAAGGACUCGGACAGGACAGCUCUAUACACGCUUGCAACUUAUAGCCUAUCAUGAAACCUUACAUGGUGUGCUGUGGUCUGGUCGAAUGGAGUUUUCCAUACCGAGAAACAUGCGAUCUUAUCAAGAAGAACGGUUGACCGCCUCGGUCAAGCUUUGCUGUUUUGGAGGUACCGUUGGUGAUAAUAGUAAUAAUAAUAAUAAUGGUAAGCAACAUGGCCGAACAUCUUUCCAAGGCAAACCGACUCCAGAUGCUGGUGGUUGUGAAAAAGAAAUGCAAGCCUGGUCCUUUGUCAAUCUGCGAGCUUGGAACACUUGUUUUCCUGAGUGGCUGAGCGUGGUGCAGUUGCGAUCGCAAAGGUACAAUUUUGUUCCCAUUCCCCCAUAUGGGCGAUUGCAGGGAAUCAGUGACCAAGACAAGGCUAUUAUACAACGAGUUCGCUUGACCUUGGAAGAGAGUGAUCACGUCAUGACAUUGAUUGUCCGCAACAAUCGAAUGAUUCUACGAAUCAUCAGUCCCAACCAAGCCCGUCGACGGCUCCAAGCAUUUCCUUCUUUGUCGAAUAAAUUUCAGCAAUUGGCAGCUACGGAAGGAUUAUUGUGUUGUUGGGAACGGACGGAAUUAUGGGAAGACGAGCUCAAGUUGGGAUACAUCUCCAAGGAGGAGAGGCUCGAAGCUGUGACGUCGAUACUCACCCGAUACCAUUCACGCCAUUCUAUAGUAGAUAAUAAGAAUUUUUAA